AUGUGCACUGAAAUCGUGGGAGAGUCAGCCGCCAACAAACUUAAAACCACACCCCUAUCCAAUGACACCAUGAGGAAGAGAAUCCAGGACAUGUCUGAGGACAUAAUGCACCAGACAUCACAGCGCAUCAGUGCAAAUAGCCAUUAUCCACUGCAGCUUGAUGAAUCCACAGAUGUGGCCAACCAUGCAAUKCUAAUGGUCUAUGUCAGCCACGUGUGGGAUAAUAACUUCGUGGAGCAGUUCCUUUUUAGUGCUGAUUUGCCCACCACCACCACUGCAGAGGAUAUCUUUAACACAAUGGAUAUGCUCCUGGGCUCCGUGGGACUGGCCUGGGAUUGGUGCGUCGGUGUGACCACUGAUGGGGCAGCACCAGCAGCCAAUGUCUGUUCCUCUCUAAAGGACCAGAAGGAUCGCAUCUACUCCACAGUGAAGUCCAGGUCCACGUCAGCCACAGUGAACAACCUGAAGCCCAGCACUGCCUACGUGUUCCAGAUCCGAGCCUUCACCGCGGCCGGCUACGGCACCUACGGCCCCCGGCUGGAGGUCACCACCAAGGAGGAGGCCUCAGCCACCAUUGUCUCCAGCGAGCAGAAUCCCGUCAUCAUCAUCGCGGUGGUGGCCGUGGCGGGGACCAUCAUCCUGGUCUUCAUGGUGUUCGGCUUCAUCAUUGGGAGAAGGUACGCUCUCGCGGGCCCCAUUGACUCUCCGCUGCUACACUGUGGCUACAGCAAGGCGGACCAGGAAGGAGACGAGGAGCUGUAUUUCCAAUUUAAAUUUCCAGGCACCAAAACAUACAUUGACCCUGAAACCUACGAGGACCCGAACAGGGCUGUCCAUCAAUUUGCCAAGGAGCUGGACGCGUCCUGCAUUAAGAUUGAGCGAGUUAUUGGAGCAGGAGAGUUUGGGGAGGUGUGUAGUGGACGGAUGAAACUCCCAGGGAAACGGGACAUGUCAGUGGCCAUUAAAACCCUGAAGGUGGGCUACUCAGAGAAACAGAGGAGGGACUUCUUGUGUGAGGCCAGCAUUAUGGGCCAGUUUGACCAUCCCAAUAUUGUCCAUCUGGAGGGAGUGGUGACCAGAGGCAAACCGGUGAUGAUUGUGAUUGAAUAUAUGGAAAAUGGCUCGUUAGAUGCUUUUCUCAGGAAACAUGAUGGUCAGUUCACAGUGAUCCAGUUAGUGGGGAUGCUGCGGGGCAUAGCAGCAGGGAUGAGAUAUCUCUCCGACAUGGGGUAUGUCCAUCGAGAUCUGGCUGCACGAAAUGUACUUGUCAACAGCAAUCUCGUAUGUAAAGUGUCUGACUUCGGCCUGUCAAGAGUGAUCGAUGACGAUCCCGAGGCUGUCUACACAACAACGGGGAAGAUGCAGGAUAUAAUGAAUUUGAUCUUUACUCCAGCCACUGACCUGCAUUUUACUGAACAGGGUGGAAAAAUACCUGUUCGAUGGACAGCAAUGGAAGCCAUCCAGUACCGUAAAUUCACUUGCGCUAGUGAUGUGUGGAGUUAUGGCAUUGUCAUGUGGGAGGUCAUGUCCUAUGGGGAACGGCCUUACUGGGACAUGUCCAAUCAAGAUGUGAUAAAGGCCAUAGAAGAGGGGUACCGCCUCCCUGCUCCCAUGGACUGCCCUCCAGGCCUGCACCAGCUAAUGCUGGACUGCUGGCAGAAAGACAGGGCCGAUCGACCCAAAUUUGAUCAGAUAGUUGGCAUCCUUGAUAAGAUGAUUCGCAAUCCCAAUACCUUGAAAACCCCGGUGGGAACCUGCACGAGACCGAUUAGUCCCCUGUUAGAUCAGAGCACACCAGACUUCACUACUUUCCGCUCGGUUGGGGAGUGGCUGGAGGCCAUCAAGAUGGAGAGAUACAGAGACAACUUCACCGCCGCUGGCUACAGCUCACUGGACUCUGUGGCCAGGAUGUCAAUUGAGGAUGUGAUGAGCUUGGGGAUCAGUUUAGUGGGCCAUCAGAAGAAGAUCAUGAGCAGCAUACAGACUAUGAGAGCCCAGAUGCUGCAUCUCCAUGGCACAGGAAUCCAGGUGUGAUGACAGACUACAGUGCCCCCUGUGGACGGGCUAUCUAGAGCAGCACUAAGGAAAAACCUCCCAGGAUAAUAAUUGAAAAUCAUGUGACGUGAUGUCGUCUCCUAUCUGACUAUUUUUUUCCGGAUGUUUCGGAAUGAAAUAAUUCCUGUGAUCCUUGGCGAAGGAUUUAACCCCUCUUUAGAAUGGGUAUUAAGGAGAGAAUGACAGAAUACUACCUGAACAUGAUGCCGAACUUAAACCGCUCUGAGGAACUCUCAACAACAUAUCAAAUAGAGAUGGAGCUUUGGAAAAUGAGUUUGAUACGUAUUACCUUGUUCUUUUAACCUCGUGAAUGAUUUUAUUUGUGCACCAUGAAAAUGGAUUUCAUUUAAAAAAAGGAAAAAGAAAAAAGAUUUCAAACAAUUUGUUUAUUCCCCUUGCGGUGGUUUUUCAGUAUUUUCUUUACUAGUUUGUUCAUUUUGUUAGUGUCAGGAGCCACAGUGAUAUGGUGUGGUACGUACAGUAAUCUUUCAUUUUUAUUUUCCCCUUACAAUUGUUUUCUUCCUUUUUUCUAUUUUGGACUUGACAACAGGGUAAACGUUCCCAUCCAAAAGGAUGAAUAUGGUGUCUGAACAUUUUGGUGAAAAUGAUUUAGAGGUACUUUGACCAGUUUGUCUUGAGACACUACUGGCUGUUUUAACUGUUUGCAGUGAGUUGUGUUUUUUCUUCCUGAUGUUUU